GAGCCGUGGCAGUUGCCUUCCAGGAGCCUGAGAUAUGAGCGACCCUUGUGGAGAAAAACCCUUUCGGGAAACCAGUCACGUCAUGAGUCUGUGGGGUGUUGAGGACAGCCACAGCUGUCGGGGUACCCCCCAGCCAGCCUCAGAGCUGGCUGCUGAGGAUGCCUCAGCUUCUUCAGAGCUGCAGAUGAAGGUGGACUUCUUCCGAAAGCUAGGCUAUUCGGCCUCUGAGAUACACAGUGUCCUGCAGAAGCUGGGCGUCCAGGCAGACACCAACACGGUACUGGGGGAGCUGGUGAAGCAUGGUUCAGCCUCUGAGCGUGAGCGCCAGUCCUCACCAGAGCCCUGCCCGCAGCCGCCUCUGGUGCCCCGCGGCGGGGGCACCCCCAAGACUCCUACUCUUGAGCCCUCACUCCCAGAGGAGGACAAAGAGGGCAGUGACCUGAGACCAGUGGUCAUAGAUGGAAGCAAUGUGGCCAUGAGCCACGGGAACAAGGAGGUCUUCUCCUGCCGAGGCAUCCUACUGGCUGUGAACUGGUUCCUGGAGCGGGGUCACACGGACAUCACAGUAUUCGUACCAUCCUGGAGGAAGGAACAGCCCCGGCCUGAUGUGCCCAUCACCGACCAGCACAUCCUCCGGGAAUUGGAAAAGAAGAAGAUCCUGGUGUUCACACCAUCACGUCGCGUGGGUGGCAAGCGGGUGGUGUGCUAUGAUGACCGCUUUAUUGUGAAGCUGGCCUACGAGUCCGAUGGGAUUGUGGUCUCCAAUGACACGUACCGGGACCUCCAGGGCGAGCGGCAGGAGUGGAAGCGCUUCAUCGAGGAGCGGCUGCUCAUGUACUCCUUUGUCAAUGACAAGUUCAUGCCCCCUGACGAUCCCUUGGGCCGGCACGGGCCCAGCUUGGACAACUUCCUGCGUAAGAAGCCACUCCCUUCCGAGCACCGGAAGCAGCCUUGUCCCUACGGGAAGAAAUGUACCUAUGGGAUCAAGUGCCGAUUCUUCCACCCCGAGCGGCCGAGCCGCCCCCAGCGCUCUGUGGCUGAUGAGCUCCGCGCCAACGCGCUCCUCUCUCCACCGAGGGUCCCAGCCAAGGACAGAAGCAGCCGGCGGCUUUCGCCUUCUUCUCAGUCUGGCUCCCUGCCCACAGAGGGUGACCAGAGCAGCCUAGAUGGGAAGAAGCUGAGGGCCCAGGCAGCCCCGGGGCCGCGCCAGGAGGGGCAGACACAGAGCUUUGCCCUGGCGGGUAGGAGCCUCCCACAUAGUGGGGGCAGUGGCGGCGGCUUUGGGCCCACAGACUGGAUCGCACCAGCCCUGGACUCCCUCCCCUACACUUCCCAGGACUGCCUGGAUUCUGGCAUCGGCUCCCUAGAAAGCCAGAUGUCAGAAUUGUGGGGUGUGCGAGGGGGAGGCCCUGGUGAUCCCAGCCCACCUCGGGGCCCCUAUACUGGCUACCGUGCCUUCGGCGCAGAGAUCCCAGCUGCUCCUGCCUUCCCUAACUUUGGACAGGCUAUAGGUGCUGGCCACUUUAGUGUCCCUGCUGACUACAGUCCGGUGCCACCUGCCUUUCCUCCUCGAGAGUACUGGUCUGAGCCAUACCAGCUGCCCCCACCCACCCCAGCCCUUCAGGAGACCCCGGUCCCAGGCCCUGGGACUGCCAGGGGCUCCUGGGGCAGGGUAGGCAGCCUGGCCAAAGAACGGGCCAGUGUGUACACCAAGCUGUGUGGCGUCUUUCCCCCACACCUGGUAGAGGCUGUGAUGGGACGCUUCCCACAGCUCCUGGACCCCCAGCAGCUGGCUGCUGAGAUCCUCUCCUACAAGUCCCAGCAGCUCCAUGAAUAGGUCCGCCAUGUGGCCCACAGGGGGCACCAGGCUGCAGUCUGGAGGUCCGUUCCAGCCCCGAGGCCCUCCCUGCGGGAUGGACAGAAGGAGGACUCAAGUAGGGACGGGAACCCCCAAACCAAACAUACUGUAGGAUUGGUUCUGGCCCACCAAGCACCUCUGGCCAUUGCCUGAGUGGGUCAGAAGUGAUCACCCUGUUGAUACACAUUGUAUCUCUGUCAUUUAAGGAGACGCUGCCUGUAAGGCUGUCGGUCUGUGGCUGAGGCCCAAACCCUCUUUUCUCUCAGGGCGGGGAGGGAGGCCUGGGGGAGCAGAGGCCCAGGCGGGGGCCCUGUGCACUGCCCCCACCUCCGCCCCAUCCCUGGGACGCCAGCUGCACUGGCUAGUUGGGCACCGUGUGCCUGUCCUCCGAGGCCCUCCUCUAAGCCAAUGAGGCCUCAGUGUGCUCUCAGGGCACAAGGCUUCAUGUCAGUAAGCAAGAUGCUUCUUAAUCUCACUUCUGUCUCCUCUGUCCACCUGUCCCAUCACCCUGCCGGGGGUCCAGGGCCCGUGCUCCCAUCUUUGCCUUCCCCAGAAGUGUGAGGACAUGUAUAUGCUGUGUACAGGUAUAGAAAUAAGUAUUUUAAGUGGGAAGUCCUCCCAUAAGACAUCAAUAAAGAACCAUAUGAGCCUUUUAA